AUGGGCAUUCGCGAGCUCAAUGUGAGCAACUGGCACUCUCACAAUGCCCUUACCGAUACCUUCAAUCAUGCGGUCCCCGCCAUCAAGACAAGCGCAGCCUUCUUCACAUUUCUCCGCGCCAACUUGGUUCUGAACCCAUCCGCCAUGUCAUCCAACACCAACACGCCCGUCCUUCAGCCUACUGUGGCUUCUAACACCCAUCGCCCGGCAGCACCAUCUCCGCUGGCAGCCUCUCAGACCCUCGACCCCUUUGACGACAUCCCUCCCCUGUCGCUUGAAGUCCUCUCCACCCGCGAGGACAAGGCCGAAGCCCUUCACCUCGUGGCGGACUCCAUCGCUCAGCAGCGCCAACAGGCAGCCUACUCACUCGUCUUCCACCCCGUGCCGCUCGCAGGUCUCACAGCGACCCUCGGCGUUGCCUACCAGUACUCCUACGCCAGCAAAGGCGACAUCGGCAUGGCCUUCACGCUCUUGAGCGGCGUCAUCAUGACCUACCUCCUCGCCAUCCGCUGGGCAACGAGCGGCUACCUGCCCCUAGCCGAGCAAAUGUCCUGGUCCUUCAUCCGGCCCCACCCAGACGCCUCCGCCGACGAGGAGGACCUGGUCCUCGGCACCCGCUUCGGCAACGAGCUCGUCGGCGCCCUGGUGCUCCACCUCGAGCCCGCGAGCCCGGCCGUCGCCUCGACCUUUAGCAGCCGGCGCCGCAACAAGGCCUCGAGCUUCCGCGGCGGCAAGGGCAUCAUCCGCGCCUGGACGACGAAGCUCCGCUACCGCGGCAAGGGCGUCGGCACCGACAUGCUCGACGAGGCCGUCCGCAUCACGCGCGAGCGGUGCGGCAAGGACGCCGAGGUCGGCUUCGCGCUCGAGCACGCCAACAGCCGCAUGGUCAUGCCCGAGUUCUUCAACGGCGUGUUUAGGAAGCGCGAGCGCUGGGCCGCCAAGACGCUCGACGGCGUGCUGGCUGAGCGGGAGCUUACAAAGAAGAAGAGGUGA